UCUGUGGGGAUCAAGCCUCACUCCUCCACAGCCUUCAUGUCUGACAGCACAGAGGGCAGCAGAAGAAGAGCAGGAAGAAAAAGGAAACUGAGUGGCAGGCAUCUUUUUGUGACUUUCUGACGCACCGGAGAACUUUUUGUCCAUGUCACCAGCAAACCUGGGCCCAGGACACCCAUCUGCCCGAAGCAAAGCUCCUUUCCUUUUCCACGGAUUAAUUUAAUCACGUCGGGAUUCGACAGCCUGGGGAUGGAUUUUAAUCUGCUGACGGACAGUGAAGCCCGCAGCCCGGCGCUGUCGCUCUCAGACUCCGGAACACCGCAGCACGACCAGGGAUGUAAAGGCCAGGACAACAGCGACACAGAGAAAUCCCACCAGAACCAGCUUGAUGAGUCAAGCGCUGAGGACGGCUCUCUGAAGAAGAAGCAGCGCCGGCAAAGGACACACUUCACUAGCCAGCAGCUCCAGGAGCUGGAGGCCACCUUCCAAAGAAACCGCUACCCAGACAUGAGCACCAGAGAGGAGAUCGCAGUGUGGACCAACCUCACAGAGGCACGGGUCAGGGUAUGGUUCAAGAACCGCCGUGCCAAGUGGAGAAAGCGGGAGAGGAACCAGCAGGCAGAGUUAUGCAAAAAUGGUUUUGGUGCACAGUUCAAUGGACUCAUGCAGCCCUAUGAUGACAUGUACACGGGAUACUCCUACAACAACUGGGCGACCAAGAGUCUAGCAAGCAGCCCACUCUCUGCCAAAAGUUUCCCAUUUUUUAACUCAAUGAAUGUAAGCCCCCUGUCAUCCCAGCCCAUGUUCUCUCCCCCCAGCUCUAUCCCCUCCAUGAACAUGGCCUCUAGUAUGGUUCCCUCUGCGGUGACCGGAGUUCCUGCUACUGGGCUCAACAACCUGGGCAACCUCAACAACCUCAACAGCCCCACGGCGCUCAACUCGGUAGCUGUGACUGCAGCCACUUGCCCUUACGCCACCACAGCCAGUCCCUACAUGUACAGAGACACCUGCAACUCUAGCCUGGCCAGCCUGCGGCUCAAGGCCAAGCAGCACACCAACUUCGCUUAUCCGGCAGUGCAGAACCCCGUGUCCAACCUGAGUCCCUGCCAAUAUGCUGUGGACCGGCCAGUAUGAAGUGUUUCUUGUGUUCCUUGACACAACCAACUGUCCGCCGUUAUCACCAUCACCCCACUUCACAUCUCUUCAGUGCUCCUGUGCUACCAGAUAUGCAGCACACAGGCAGUUUGUGUUUUGAUGGUACAAAAUGAGAAUUAUCUUCAAAACUGACACAACAAACAGACAUGGUCAGAUGGACCACCGCUUUUCAAAGGAAUGCUCUCCAGUAUGUGAGACCUUGUCACUGAACUGACCAACUGCUUUAAAGGAUUUCUAAAGAUUAUUAUUCACAUUAUUCAUAUUUUUUUUCUUCUUUUGAACUGCAUGGCUAGGGAAAUCAUAGAAACCAAGGGUAAAUACAUCAUGGAGGAUUCAACUGGACUAGUGGUCAACAGACUGGCCCAAAAUAACAUCAAAUAUGAGCUUUGCUACUUUUGCAGGAAAAGGGACCUGUGGUUGCAAUAUGAAAAAAAAUGGAGGAUGUAUAUAAUGAACAUUUUUUUGUUUUGUAUGUGAUAAAAACAUAUGAAAAUCUAGUACUUUAAAGAUGAGAAAAGCAUGUACUUCAAAAGGAAAGGCCCUAGGUUGAUGUCCUAUUGGCACAUUGUUUAGGAACUUUAAACUUUGUUGUGAAUUCCUCUCCCCUUGGAAGGUCUUAGGUCAAAGGUCGGAUUGGAUGGGUGAGAGGAAGGCAGUUCUAGAAAGUGGACACAACGUCAAGCUUUAAAAUGAAAAGAAACAACAACUCAGACACACACAUAUAUCAGAACAACAACAAGAAUUUUCAAGUGAAACUGAAAAGCCAUUGAGUAUAGAUUUGUGUGGUGUUAUACAAAAGGAGUCCAUGACUGUAAAAACAUGUAUGUAAGAGUGCAGUUGUUAUAACAAAAACAAGCUUUUUUUUCUCCUGGUGUAGCCUGCUUUGUCUCAUUAAAAAAACAAUUAAAAACUUG